AUGAGGCGGAGGAGGAACAUGAAGGCGGGGGACUCGGCUACUCGUAUUUACACUGCCGACCACAUCAAGGCAUUGUAUGACGCCGUCACCAAGGAAGCCUCUAAUUACGUCAAAUUUGACGAGGAAGCCCUGGAGUGUUUCGUGCUCGAGAAGCCUGCCCCGAGGAAGGACAAGAGUCACCCGUAUAAAGACGGUUUUCACCUGCACUUCCCCGAUCUGGUCACGUGUCCAACUGUCCAGAAGAUCAUCCGUACCAACCUGUUGGAAUCAGGCACGAUCGCCGAAAUUUUUGCUGACGUCACGUUUCGCAACAGUUUCGAGAGUAUGUACGACGAAGCGGUUAUCGACAAGAACCCACUGCUUCUGUACGGUAGCACUAAAGAUGGUACAGGUCCUGCGUACACUUGCUCGUACAAGUUGUGGGGUGAGGACGGCGAAAGAGAAGACUGUGAAGAUGAACUAUCUGAUCUGACUGACCGCCUUUCGAUUCAAAACAAGUAUUCUUCGCUUACCCUGCCUGUACUCGAGGAGAAAAAGGCGGAGGUUGCCGAAUAUGCCGCGCGUGUAAGUGCCAAGGCUGAAGUCAAGGUUGUUUGUGAAACCAAGCCCAAGUGUAACAUAGUACUUCUUGGCGAGGUACAACAGCUUGUGGCUAUGCUUUCUCCCUCACGUGCGGACAACCGCUCUGACUGGAUUGCACUCGGUUCAAGCCUGCACAGCAUCGACGAAAGUUUGUUGCCAGUCUGGGAUACAUUCAGCCAACUCUCAUCGAAGUACAAGUCUGGCGAAUGUGAAAAGUUGUGGUACGACUUCAAACCGAACAACACCAUCCGCAGUCUGCACUAUUGGGCUAAGUUGGACAGUCCUGACGCGUACAAGAAGUACAACGAGACCAGCCUACAAACCGCUCUGAUGACGUCACUAUCUGGCAGCCAUUAUGACGUUGCGCAGGUUGUGUACUCCAUGUACAAGUUUGACUAUGUUAGUACCAAAGACCAGAAAAACAACACUACAUGGUACAAGUUCGGCGGGCAUCGUUGGGAAGAGUGCGUCGGUGGUGUUGACCUCCGCAACAAACUCAGUACGGACGUGUACAAAGCGUACAUUACGAUGUCCAAGGAGUGCAGCAAGAAGGCACAGGCUGACGUGGAGGAGUCAGAUGAUGAUGAUGACAAGGACGACAGCAGCUCGGUGUUCAAGAAAACUGGACGCCGACUUAAAAAUAACACGUUCAAGAGUGCAAUCAUGAAGGAGUGUGCGGACAUCUUCUAUAUGUCCGACAAGCAAUUCACGAACAAACUGGACGAGUUCCCGCAUCUUCUUGGGUUUGAGAACGGGGUUUACGAUCUUGACGCCAUGGAAUUCAGGGCUGGCAGACCUAACGACUUCUUAACCUUCAGCACUGGUUAUAAGUACACUCCCGAAUCUGACCCCCAAAUGCGCACGAUCCUUGAAGAUUUGAACAAGAGCAUCUACCAAACAGACGAAAUGGUCAAAUAUAUGAUGCAAUUUGGUGCUUAUAUCCUCCACGGGUCUAAGACCGAGGAGAUCAUCCAUUUCUGGGUCGGAAAAGGAGGCAACGGAAAAG